AGCCUUCCUGAAAGGAAUACGGCUGCAAGACGUGCUAGCAGCGCUGUGUCUGCACCCCCACCCCCUCGCAUGGCGCUCGGAGCGAAGCGCCUCAGGAGCGGCCAUGGGCUGUAACUCGCACAGCCCCGCCCGGCCUCGGAGCGCAGCCCGGCUCGCCCUCCCCUGACGCAGGGCUCUCCCCGCCCCCCGCUGCGCCCUGUCACCGCCUCACAGCGCGACCGGGGCGGCUGCGGAACGCGGUCUUUGCAAUGAGUUACCCGGGCUAUCCCCCAGCAGGUGGAUAUCCACCAGCACCCCCAGGUGGCAGUCCUUGGGGUGGUGCUGCCUAUCCACCUUCAAAUCCACCUUCAAAUCCACCUCCAAUUGGUCUAGAAAAUGUGGCUGGCUACGCUAAUCAGUUCAACCCAAACUACAUGGCUGGAAUGGCAUCCAAUAUGGCAGGGACAUUUGGAGGGUCAAAUGUACCACAAGGCAUAUACCCUUCAGCACCUGGGGGUUAUCCACCAGUACCUCCAGGUGGCUUUGGACAGCCUCCGUCAGGACAGCAGCCCUCUUACGGGGGGUAUCCUCCAUCUGGAGGAAAUGCACCAGGAUACCCAGGUGGCCCUGCGCUGGGCCAGCCCACCAUGCCUCCUGGUCAGCAGCCUAUGGGGUUUCCAGGACAACCACCAGCACCUUACCCGGGGCAGCAGCCCAUGCCAAGUUAUCCACCAGGCCCAGCUGUGAAUCCAUCUAUGCCCUCUUAUCCAGGACCUACAGGGCCUACAGUCUCUCCUGGAGCAUAUGGAAACAGAGGCACAAUCACUGAUGCACCAGGAUUUGACCCUCUGAAGGAUGCAGAGGUCUUGAGGAAGGCCAUGAAGGGAUUCGGAACCGAUGAACAAGCUAUUAUAGAUUGUCUUGGAAGCCGUUCAAACAAGCAGCGACAGCAGAUCAUGCUCUCCUUCAAAACAGCUUAUGGAAAGGAUUUGAUCAAGGAUCUCAAGUCUGAGCUAUCGGGUAACUUUGAGAAGACCAUCUUAGCAAUGAUGAAGACACCCGUCAUGUUUGAUGCUUAUGAAAUCAAGGAAGCUGUAAAGGGCGUUGGCACGGAUGAAAACUGUCUCAUUGAAAUCUUAGCUUCUCGAAGUAACGAGCAUAUUCAGGAGCUCAACAGGGUCUAUAAAGCAGAAUUUAAGAAGACUCUGGAGGAAGCAAUCAAAAGUGACACAUCUGGACAUUUUCAGAGGCUUUUAGUUUCACUUAGUCAGGGAAACAGAGAUGAAAGUACAAAUGUUGACAUGUCUCUUGUCCAAAAAGAUGUGCAGGAGCUUUAUGCAGCUGGUGAGAAUCGUCUAGGAACUGAUGAAUCCAAAUUCAACGCCAUUCUCUGUGCGAGAAGCAGGGCCCACCUCAGAGCAGUUUUCAGUGAGUACCAGAGGAUGUGUAACCGGGAUAUAGAGAAAAGCAUCUGUCGUGAAAUGUCUGGAGACCUGGAGAAAGGCAUGCUGGCAGUAGUUAAAUGCCUCAAGAACACACCAGCAUUCUUUGCAGAGAGGCUGAGGAAUGCUAUGAAGGGAGCAGGAACAAAAGACAGAACUCUGAUUCGAAUCAUGGUGUCCCGCAGUGAGGUUGACCUUCUGGACAUACGUGCAGAAUACAAGCGGAUGUAUGGCAAAUCCCUCUAUGCAGAUAUCACUGGGGAUACUUCAGGAGACUACCGGAAAAUCCUACUCAAGUUGUGUGGUGGAAAUGACUAAAUGGAACACGGAGCUUUCAUUUAACCAAAAAAAAAAAGGGGGGGGGGGAAGGGGAGGAGGGAAGGCAGCUGCUAUUUUCAUGGUUUUGCUUAAAAGCAUCUUUUUUUUACCCAAAAGUAAAUAUGUUAUGAGCUAUCUUUCUUAAAGCAAUUUGCUAGAUUAAAAAAGAAAGCAAAAAAGAAACCCAAACACAUGCACACAAAAUAUCAAGCUUAUGUACCAUCUGCUUAUAGGAUUCUUUAUGUUACCCUCUAUAAUCCAAGAAUGAGGGGUUAUUUUUUAGCUUGUUUUAUUUGUCUGAAAUAAUUGUAUUUGUGAAGUGACAGUCGCGGCUGUAUGGUUAAAGGCUUUAUUUUGUACAAAUAUCACGUGCCACUUUAUUGCCAGUUUUAUAUGUAUUGUAAGCAGAGGUGCUUUUAUACCUGAACCUCGCCUUUUUGUGUCCAACUGAGACUGUUUUUAGAGAGGUUUUGUUGAGUUCUAUUUUCAUGACUUGGCUGUAUGUUUCAAAGAAAGUUGUGUUCUGUGUUGCUUUUAUCAGCAGGGCAGCUGCUGUCACAGGGCAGUAAUGAUGUUGAUAUGGGUAGAACUUCAGUAGUUCAUGUCUUCAAGGUUUUGGUUUGUGCCUUAGAUAUUGAAAUAUAUCUGGGAAGAGAUAAUAAAAUUAAAGCUGUCUGUCUUCUAA